UCGUCCCAGCGGCCCCUCCUCUGUGCCCAGGAUGCUCGGGCGGCGGCUGCGGGGGGACCUCCGCCUUCUCUUCCGACCAGAGCGGAGGAACCUUUCCGCCUCCCUCCGCGCGGCGCACUGAGCGCUCUUUGCCCGGAAAGACUUGCCUCCUGCUGCCUGGGGCAGCCUCGCCCUGGGCGCCCGCACCCCAGCCCUGGGAGAGCGCUACUCCCGCCUCCCGCACCACCGAAAACCUCCUCCCCCUCCUUUUGGGUCCGCGCCCCCUUUAUACGCGGACGCGCCCUUUUUUGGUCGCCCCCUCCCCAACCCAGCGCUCAAGAGCGCCCUGCUCUGGUCUCUGCCACCACCCAGCGCCUCCUGGACUCACCCCCCCAAACCCUUGAACCUCGUCAGGACCCCCAGGCUGCAGCCUCGGAGCUCCCGGAACGAUGGUGAAGUUGGGGAACAAUUUCGCGGAGAAGGGCACCAAGCAGCCGCUGCUGGAGGAUGGCUUCGACACCAUUCCCCUGAUGACACCCCUCGAUGUCAAUCAGCUGCAGUUCCCGCCCCCGGAUAAGGUGGUCGUGAAAACUAAGACCGAGUAUGAACCUGACCGCAAGAAAGGGAAAGCACGUCCUCCCCAAAUUGCUGAGUUCACCGUCAGCAUCACGGAGGGUGUCACCGAGAGGUUUAAGGCUGGUGUCAAGUUCCUGACCUCAGGUGAUCCACCCACCUCGCCAUCCCAAAGUGCUGGGAUUACAGGCGUGAGUCACCACACCCGGCCCGUUUUGGCUUCGAGACAUACUCUCAUCUCUGCCAGGCUCCCUAGCAGCCGGGUGUCUGUGCUGGUCCUCUUCGCUCUGGCCUUCCUCACCUGCGUCGUCUUCCUGGUCGUCUACAAGGUGUACAAGUAUGAUCGCGCCUGCCCCGAUGGGUUCGUCCUCAAGAACACCCAGUGCAUCCCAGAAGGCUUGGAGAGCUACUACGCAGAGCAAGACUCCAGUGCCCGGGAGAAAUUUUACACAGUCAUAAACCACUACAACCUGGCCAAGCAGAGCAUCACGCGCUCUGUAUCGCCCUGGAUGUCAGUUCUGUCCGAAGAGAAGCUGUCUGAGCAGGAGACUGAAGCGGCUGAGAAGUCAGCUUAGCGGGAUGGGCAAGUUCCUUACAAUGUGUCACUUGCAAGUAACAAAGGGACUUUGAGGGACAUUUCAUUAAAUAUAAUUACUGAUACUUUAGAGGUUACUCAUUUAUGGUGCAAUUGCUUCUGUUUGCUAAUGCUGCUUUGCAAAUAAAACUUGCUGCCGACCACCCACGGGCAUAAAAUCAAGUGCAUUUCAGCAUUGCCUAAAGAGCUCUGACACCACUUUUCAUGUUAAGAUCUUCAUUUAGCUCCUUUACUGGGAUUUAUUGGAUGCUGUCAAAAAAUAAAUUUACAAUGGAUGUGUCAAGGGUUUGGAACUCAGAUAAAUGCAUUUUGUGGAAUUGAUUUCUUGAAACCACCCUACUGUCUGCAAACCUUCCUCCAUAGCCAUAUCUAGAGUGAUCUCUCGCUGUGCUAAGAGCAAGCCUACUUCGCAUUUCUUCCACUGCCAUCAGCAGGUAAUUGUGUUGACUGCUGCCAAGAUGCACUGUAGUGAGUGGCAUAGAGAAUGAGGAAAGAGACCCACCUGCCCCUCCCUGUGCUGAUUCCUGAGUCGGGGUGGGACGGCCCUGCAAUGUGGCAGGCUCGGUGUGGAUUUACUACUCUCUCCCCUCUGACUCUGGCAUCUUGAUAGGGAGGGAGGGGCACCACCCACCUGGGUGGCGACAGCUGGGGUUCGCUCCAGUGUGUGUAGACUGGCAGAGCAUGUGAGGGAGGGGGCUGGGAAGAGAUGGCCCUGGGCCCGGGAGGUGCAGAACUCUCUCCCUGCAGGUGGUCUGUCUGCUCUGUGAUGAGCUGAUAGGAAAGAAUCCCCACCAGCCCGCUCGUUCACUUCUAUUAUGAAUAAAUUGGCACCAAUAGCCCCGUUAGUUUUUAAAGAAAUGAGCUGGGUGGGAAGAGUGGAAAUGUAAUUUCUAUUAAACUAGGGCUCCUUUAAUUUUUAUUCUAUGAAACUGAUACCCCUUGAUGUGGGAAACAGGCAGGAAAGGCUGUGGGGUGGGGGGCUGGUGUGGCACCGUGCAAACAAAAUGACAAAUUUCAACUCACGAUCUUUGUAAGAAAAUUGUUCCAGUUUGAAUCUUGAUAUUAAAGUUUAUGUUUACAAAAUUGCCAGUUAGAUGAACUAAGUGUGUAAAACAAUUAAAUAGAAAAAAGACAUUCACAGACGUUUCUUCUAUGUUUUUGAAUGUGUUGUUUCUGGUGUACAUGUCAAAAGUUUCAGUUUUUUAGUAGAUCAGAAAUAAAUGACAGAUAGUGUGAGAUGUGUUGUGAACAGGCAUGGUGACCGUGGUCAGCUCCACUAUUGUUUCCUGAAAUAGCUUCUAAGACAGAAAAUAUAUUUUAUCAUCAAGGGUGUCUGGAGAGACAGACCGUGACCUUGGCACAGCGGUGUGCAUCACAGAGGCAUGUGUUGAGAAUGGCGUUGUUAAGCUGUGGAAAAUGACUCAAGAGCAAUAAAUCAGUGCCAAAGCUUCCCUGCACAUGUGAAUAGAGACAAGUGAAGCCCAUGUGCGCACAGUGCAGAGGCCGAGCCUGUAUUUCCCAGUAGACGUGGACUUUAUUGACUGUGAAUUCAUUUACAUGUAACUUCUGACAUUUCACUCUGUGCAAAUAAAGAACACGAGGAUA